UAGUUGAUGAGGAAGAGGAAAUGGUAGCCGCGAUGUGCGGCGGGUGAUGGGCAACUCGCGCGGGGGCACUCCGGAGAAACUCGUAAAAGUAGCGACCUGGUACGAAACGCCCAAGAGUGCACGCCUCACGCUCUCACGUUCUGACCGUCCGCCCAAAGCACAGGCAAUUGCAAUGACUCCGCUAAUACCUACCUACACAAGCAACCAAGCGCUACUAUCCAAGUACCUGAGUCUGCCCCAGCCCAACAACGAAAUUCAGUGCACCUAUAUAUGGAUCGACGGCAGCGGACAGAAUCUGCGCUGCAAAACAAGAACCGUCGAAUUUGAACCUCAAAACGUGAAAGAUUUGCCCAUCUGGAACUUCGACGGGUCGAGCACGGGCCAGGCCGAGGGGAAGAACUCGGACGUCCAUCUCUACCCGGUGGCACUGUUUCGGGACCCGUUCCUCGGCGGACCCAACAAGUUGGUGCUGUGCGAGACCUACAAGCACGACCACACGCCCCAUGAAUCAAACAAGCGGCACGUAUGCAAGUUGGCGAUGGAUCGGUGCAAGGACCAGAAGCCGUGGUUCGGCAUCGAGCAGGAGUACACUCUUCUCGACAUCGACGGCCGGCCCUACCGGUGGCCCAAGCAAGGGUUCCCGGGACCUCAGGGACCUUACUACUGCGGCGUCGGGGCGGACCGCGUCUACGGUCGGGAUGUGGUGGAGGCGCACUACAGGGCCUGCCUCUACGCCGGCGUCAAGAUAGCUGGCACAAACGCCGAAGUGAUGCCUUCUCAGUGGGAAUUCCAGGUAGGGCCGUGUGAAGGCAUAAGCAUCGGCGACGAGCUCUGGAUGGCGCGUUUCAUCCUCCACCGAGUGGCCGAGGAUUUCGGCCUCGUGGUGACGCUCGACCCUAAGCCAGUGGCGGGAGACUGGAACGGCGCCGGCGCGCACACCAACUUUAGCACCCUGGCCAUGCGCCAACCCGAGGGCAUACGGUACAUCGAGAAGGCCAUCGAGCAGCUCGCGCGCAAACACCGCGAGCACAUCCAAGCCUACGACCCGCACGGAGGCCGCGACAACGAGCGCCGCCUGACGGGAUUGCACGAGACGUCCAGCAUCCACGACUUCACGUCCGGCGUGGCGGACCGCGGAGCGAGCAUCCGAAUCCCUCGACAGGUGUCGCAAGACCGGAAGGGGUACCUGGAGGACCGAAGGCCUGCAUCCAAUUGCGACCCUUACAGCGUGGCGAGGGCCAUUGUUUCGACUGUGUGUCUCGGUCAGGGACCGUGACUCGUCGCAGCACCACCUCUGGGCGAACCUUUUUGCGCGUCUGGACGUUCAACGGAAUUCUUCACCUGCAAGAACCGCAUUGCUCCUGCGCGUUUAAGAUGUCGUACGUGAGACCUGCGAUAGCGAUUGCUUGUAAAAUUUGCGUGAUGGGACAGUGAGGCGUCUUCAAAUUUCCGGCACCUUAGUGAUGCGAAAGCGAUGUUUGUAUCCGUCAUAAAGAGUGGCGUGUAUCUUGUAGUGUAUUGGUUGGCGGACGAUUGACAACGCUGCCUCCCAUAUAACGCAUGCACGUCGGCGAAGAAAUUGUGACGUCGAUUUCUGCGGGAUCUCAGUUUUUGAGAACGAAAAUUUUAAACGAAUAGCGUCUACAGCAGCAAGAUUUGUGAAAUCGCAAGCGUUAUUGCAGAUUGUAAGUACCGUCAAGAAAGAGUGAAAGGUUAACGUGUUUUCUUUACUGCAUAAUAAACAACAAUAAAGUAGCUGAUCAUGUUUCAAUGUAGCUCCCACUGCUAAUAACCAUGUGUGCAUCAACGAUUUUCUUCAAGAAUCCAUCGAUGACUCAGGAGAACAUACCUCGAGCGCUAUAAUCACCGUUCAUUCUAUCCUGAAUUAUUGCCAGCGAGAUCUACCUAAAAUUAUUCCAACAGGCAAGCAUCGCCUGAAGCCACAUCGUUUGCUUAUGACUCAUGUGGAUUGCACGUGAAAUGCAGACCCUUAACUUUUUUUCCACCGCCUUGCUUGCGUUCAAUGAGCAUGGUCUCAUCCUUCUGCAGAAAUCGGAGCUGAGCAAAUCGCAUGCUUUUGAUCUGACUAUGCAGUAACACUAUCCUCAAGUAGGUCGCCCUGCGAGAUGCGUCAAUUACGUUAGUAGCUGUGACUGCGUAGGCGCCUACCUCUUUGCAUUACUACUUGUUGCUGCGGUAGCUGGCCUAUAUUAUGGUAAAAAGAAGGCUCGAAAAAAUUGGAACAAAUUACCAGACAGGAAAGAAUGUUGUUACCUGUGCAGUCGUUUCUUUCCAUAUUCUUUGUUCUUCGUUCCACCUCAGGGAACACUAGUUAACUGCAUGUUCGCGCCAUCAAUAACUAAGCACAAAUUACAGAAUGCUCGUCGCACCGGAGAAUAUCCUCUCCUUUAGCAUAAUAUUGUCGUAACCAUAUGCCGUAGGCAGUAACCACGAUUUAUUGUAUUUGGUGAAGCGUGAUGUAUUGUAAUAGCGCGAUAAGGAGCAAUAAACAUUGUUUAUUUUGUACUGUA